AUGGCAUCCACUGGUCUACCCACUGAAUAUGUAGAUGCAGAUUCUUCCACAACCACUCCAGUUGUAACUCCAGUCUUCAAUGGAGCUGGAGCAAUUGAGUCAUCUCACCCCUAUUAUCUUCAUCCCUCGGAUUACCCAGGGAUGAACCUUGUUUCUUCAGUUUUCGAUGGCAAGAGCUAUGGAGGGUGGAGAAGAGCAGCCGUCAUUGCUCUUUCUGCCAAAAACAAGCUGGGGUUCAUUGAUAGAUCCCUAGUUGUCCCAAGUUCUGAUUCUGGUCUCCAAAAGGCUUGGGCUCGCUGCAAUGACAUGGUAUUGUCCUGGUUACUCAACUCCCUGUCAAAAGAAAUUGCAGAAAGUGUGUUAUACUCACAAAGUGCUAAAGAUCUAUGGGGAGAUCUAGAGGACAGGUUUGGACAGACAAAUGGUGCAAAGCUCUUCCAGCUACAGAAGGAGUUGAGUGCAGUAAUUCAAGGUAACACUAGUGUUUCAACCUAUUUCACUAAGAUGAAGAGUUUAUGGAAUGAGUUAGAUGCUUUGAACAUCUUUUCUGCUUGUGCUUACUCACUAGUCAUACAAGAUGAAAAGCAAAGGGAAAUACAUGUUACACCUGUUUAUCCAGGCGAAUCAGGAUCUUUUGUGGCAGCUAACUAUGCCGGAAGAGGAAAGAAGGCUAAUGACUAUAAGGGACAGAAACAAGUUUUUGAAACAAAGAAGAACACUAGCAUAUGUGCAUACUGCAAGAAGCCUGGUCAUAACAUUGAUAAAUGUUAUAGGAUACAUGGUUCCCCGGAGGAUUUCAAAUUCACAAAACAGAAGAAAUUCCAGCCCAUAUCACAAGCUAACAAUGCUUUUAAUCUAACUGAAGCAGUGGAACAAGGAAUUAACUGUGCACCUGAUGUGAAGACUCUCACUCAAGAGAAUGUGACACAAUUGCUUCAGUUGCUCUGCUUCAGUUGCUCCAACGGGUGA